GAAUUAUUCCCUGGAUCAAAGUACAAAUUUGUGAAUGAGAAUGAUGUGUACAAAUUAAUCAUUAGUAAUCCCAAGGUGGAAGAUACUGGAAAGUACACAAUUGAGAUUGCUGGAAUAGCUUGCACAGCUUACCUAGAUGUAGAUGAAUCUGAUGCAGUUUAUUCAUUCACCAAACCUUUGAGUAAGAAGACUGAUGGCUUCACAAAGCAUGAAACACUAAUGGAAUGUACUGUGAACAGCAGUAUGGCAAUGGUAUCUUGGUGGAGAGGAGAUAAAAAGAUUUCGGAUGAUGAUAAGUAUGAAACUGCCAAGGAAAUGUCUGGUAUUUGUCGACUAACAAUUAAGGACUGUGAAAUUGAAGAUAGCGGUGAAUAUAGUUGUAGAAUUGAGAAGCAAGAAGACAAAACCACAACAUUAGUUACAAUUAUUGAGUAUCCAUACAAAUUUGUGAAAAUCCUAAAGAGUCAACAGGUAACAGAAAAAGAUCAAAUAACCCUACUGUGUGAGCUAGAUGAUGCAGGAGGUGAAGUAACAUGGCAUAAGAACAAUGAACCAGUGAAACCUGACAAGAGGGUCCAAAUUAUUAAAGAUGGUAGAAAGAGGAAGAUCAUUAUCAAAGACUGCAAAGUAACUGAUGCCGGCAUUUACACAUGUACUUCAAAUGCAGACAAAACAGAGUGUGAACUUAUUAUUCAAUAUCAGAACCGAUUCAACAAGAAACUCAAAGACACAACAGUUUUGGAAAGAGAGAAGCUUGUUCUUGAUGUGGAACUUCAGGAUCAAACAGCUCCAGCUGCCUGGUACUUCAAUGAUGAGCCAAUACAAGAAUCUGAAAGAGUUGAGAUCAAGAACCUUGGAGGUGGCAAACACCAGUUAAUAUUCAAGAAAGCAGAGUUAAGUGACACUGGGGAAAUCAAGUGUGAAUCAGGAAAGCUGUCUUCUGCAUGCCAAGUUGUUGUAAAGAAGGGUGAAGAGAAGCCUGUAAUAAAUUUCCAAGAUCGUGUUGAGGGACCAGUUAGUAAACCAAUUGUAUUUGAAGUACCCUAUAGUGUUGGUGGAUCAAAGCAAUCGCCUGUAGAAGCCAAGUUGAUCAAAGAUGGGAAAGUACUGCCUCUUAAGGAUGUGGAAGUUAUUGUUGCAGAUGAUAAGGCGACAUUUAAAUUUAAGAAGCCUGCUCGAAAUCUGUCUGGCAUAUAUCAGCUAAAAAUUUCAAAUGCACAAGGAGAAGAUACAAAGAAUAUUAAUAUAAAUAUGCAAGAUGUCCCAUCUCCACCACUGGACAUCAAUGUAACGGAUGUAUUCCAGACAUCGUGUGUUGUCCACUGGAAGCAUUCUAAAGAUGAUGGGGGUCUGCCUAUCUUACAUUAUGUAGUUGAACGCCUGGACAUGAGUAAAAAAGGUGGAUGGGACAAUAUAGCACAGAUUCCUCCAAAUGAGCCCACAAAAUUCAAAUGUGAGGAUCUGACUCCAAAGAGAGAAUACAAAUUCCGGAUCAGGGCGGUCAAUAAAAUUGGAUCAUCUGAACCAGUACUAUUUGCUAAGACUGUUCUUGCUAAGGAUCCAUGGGAUGAACCUAGCAAACCUAAUAAUGUUGAAGUUGUGGACUGGGAUAAAGAUCAUGCAGAUCUUAAGUGGAUCAAACCAGAUAGUGACGGUGGAGCACCCAUCACCGGCUACAUUAUAGAAUUUAAAGAAAAAUUUGGAAAGGAGUGGGAAAAGGGAAAAGAAGUAGGAGAUGUCACCAAGGCAACAAUAGAGGGUUUGAAGGAAGGGACUCAGUACGAAUUUCGUAUCCGAGCUGUUAACAAAGCUGGACCUGGAGAACCAAGUGAUGCAACUAAACCUAUAAUUGCUAAAGCCCGGUUUGUGAAACCAUUCAUAAUUGGAGAUGGUUUGACAAACAUAGUUGUGAAAAAGGGUCAAGUAAUAAAGUAUGACAUCAAAUAUGGUGGUGAACCAGAACCAGUACCUCGAUGGGAACUCACUGGCAAGGAACUUGUUGAGGAUUCUCAGGAAAGGACUACAAUUGACAAAUAUGAAAGGAAUACAGUACUUACAGUUCGUCGAGCAACAAGAGCAGACAGUGGCAAAUAUAAAUUGACUCUUACUAAUGGCUCAGGAACAUGUGAAAGUGUGGCUGAUGUUGUUGUUCUAGAUAAGCCUUCCUCACCAAUAGGCCCUCUGGCAGCUGAAGAGGUGAGGGCAAAUCAUGUUAAAGUCAAGUGGAACAAGCCAGAAGAUAGUGGAGGGACAGCAGUCACAGGCUAUGUACUGGAGAAAAUGGAUCUGGAUACAGGACGCUGGGUACCUGCUGGAGAGGUGGGACCAGAUAAGAAUUCAUUCACAGUUGAUGGAUUGACGCCUAAGAAGAAGUAUAAGUUCCGAGUGAAGGCUGUAAACAAGGAAGGAGAAUCGGAACCUUUAGAAACAGAAGAACCUAUUUUGGCCCGGAAUCCUUAUGAUGAACCUGGUCCCCCUGGAAAACCUGAUAUAAUUGACUAUGAUAAUAAGAGUGUGACUUUAAAAUGGGCUAAACCAGAAGAGGAUGGUGGUCGCCCAAUAUCUCAUUACACAGUCGAAAUGAAAGAUAAACUUUCUGUGGAAUGGGUGGAGGUCCUAAAAACAAAAGAUAAUAACCCUGAGGGUAUUGUAGGAGGCCUUAAAGAGAAAAAUAUUUACCAAUUCAGGGUACGUGCACACAAUAAAGCUGGUGCCAGUGAACCCAGUGAACCAACCAGUAGUCAUGUCUGCAAGCACAGACACUUGAAACCAAGAAUUGAUCGUGCCACUUUCAAGAGUGUGACUAUUAAAGCUGGACGAACACACAAGUGGUCAGUGGAUGUAUCUGGAGAACCUCCUCCAACCUGCUCAUGGAUCUGGCGUGACGACAUAUCAUUGGUCAAUACAGAGAAAAUCAAAAUUGAAAACAUUGAUUACCAUACAGACUUCAGUAUCAUUAGUGCCAUGAGGCGAGAUACAGGAAAAUAUACUCUCAUUGCAGAAAAUGCAUCUGGGAAAGAUCAAGAAACUGUUGAACUCACAGUACUUGCUAAACCUGGUAUUCCACAAGGCCCAUUGGAAAUAACUGAUGUAACAAAGACAUCUGCAAAGUUGAAAUGGAAAAAACCAGAGGAUGAUGGUGGAUGUCCUAUCAAGGAAUAUGAAGUAGAGAAAAUGGAUGUAGCUACAGGGAAAUGGGUUCGAGUGGGACGAGUUCCAGGAGAUAGGCCAUUUCCAGAAAUGGUUGUUACUGGUCUCACACCUGGUGCAGAAUACAAAUUCCGUGUGUCCGCUGUCAACGAUGAAGGAGAUUCAGAGCCACUGGUGGCAGAGAAAGCUAUCAUUGCCAAGAAUCCAUUUGAUGAACCAUCCCAGCCUGGGACUCCAGAAAUUACAGAUUAUGAUAAUGAGAGUGUCAACUUGAAAUGGACCAAACCAAAAAGUGAUGGAGGCGCUCCAAUUGAGAAAUAUAUCAUUGAGAAGAAAGACAGAUUCAAACCAGACUGGGAGAAGGCAAUUGAAAUUCCAGGUGAUCAGCUUGAAGCAAAAGUUCCUGAUCUGAAAGAAAGAGCUGAGUACCAAUUCCGCGUAAUAGCUGUAAAUAAAGCUGGAUUAUCUCCUGCGUCUGAACCAACCAAAUCUCACCUUGUGAAACAUAAGGCCUUGAAACCAAGAAUAGAUCGUACAAACCUGAAACCUAUUGUAAUCAAAGCAGGAAAGAUGGUGAAGUAUGAUGUGAAUAUCAGAGGUGAACCACCUCCGACUGUAAAAUGGUUCCAUGGAAAUGAUGAGGUUAAGUCUGAGGGUAGUAUUGAAAUCAUUAACAUUGACUACAAUACCAAACUUACUAUUAAUGAUGCAGUAAGAAAAAAUACUGGUUUAUGGAAAAUCGUGGCAGAAAAUAAGCAUGGAAAAGAUGAAGCUGAUGUUGAAAUUACUGUUCUCUCUGCACCUUCAAAGCCAAAGGGUCCACUGAAAGUAUCAGAUGUCACAAAGAAUGGUUGCAAGUUGAAGUGGGAUAAACCAGAGGAUGAUGGUGGUAAACCUGUCACUGGCUAUGUAGUUGAAAAGCUUGAUACUUUAACUGGGCGAUGGGUGCCAGUGGGUCGUACCACUGAGCCUGAGAUGGAUGUGAAAGGUCUUCAAGAGGGUAAUGAGUAUAAAUUUCGAGUGAAGGCUGUCAAUGAUGAAGGAGAGAGUGAGUCACUAGAGACAGAGCGUGCUACACUUGCUAAAAAUCCAUUCGACAUCCCAAGCAAGCCUGGAACACCCGAUAUUGUUGACUGGGAUACAGACCGUGUUGAUCUUAAAUGGAGUGCUCCAAAAUCCAAUGGUGGAGCUGCAAUUACUGGCUACAUUAUAGAAAAGAAAGAGAAAUUUGGCAGUUCAUGGGAUGAGAUUUUGACUACUACGUCUCCUGCUUGUGAAGCCCAAGUACCUGGAUUGAGGGAAGGAAACCAAUACCAGUUUCGUGUCCGAGCAGUGAACAAAGCAGGUCCUUCAGAACCUAGUGAACCUACUAAACCACAUAUUGCCAAGGCCAGAUUCUUGCGUCCUAUUAUUAACCGUGAGAAACUACAGAAAGUCACAGUACGUGCUGGAGCAUCUGUGAAAUUUGAUGUAGAUGUGAAAGGUGAACCUCCACCAACUAUCACAUGGCAUUUUGCUAAUAAGCAACUGGAGAAUGGACCAACAAUAAAGAUUGAGAAUGAAGAUUAUAAUACAAAGAUCCAACUUUCUGAAACAGUAAGAAAAAACACAGGCACAUAUACUAUCAAAGCAGAGAAUAGUUCUGGGAAAGAUGAAGCAACUGUAGAGGUAAUAAUACUAGAUAGACCUGACAAACCUGAAGGGCCCCUGGAAGUGACAGAUGUCCAUAAGGAGGGCUGUAAAUUGAAGUGGAAAAAACCCAAAGAUGAUGGUGGGCUUCCUCUUACUGGCUAUGUUGUGGAGAAAAUGGAUGCUGAAACUGGUCGCUGGGUUCCAGCUGGCUUUGUUGAUCCUAAUAAGACAGAACAGGAAAUUAAAGGGCUUGAACCUAUGAAGAAAUACCAAUUCAGAGUGAAGGCAGUUAAUGAGGAAGGAGAAUCAGAACCUCUAACAACAGAUACUGCCAUUCUUGCCAAGAAUCCUUUUGAUACUCCGUCUGCCCCUGGACUGCCAGAAAUUGUAGACUGGGAUGAGACAAUGGUGAAGCUCAAGUGGGAACCACCAAUUCGUGAUGGUGGUGCGCCAAUAACAGGCUACGUGAUUGAAAUGAUGGACAAAUUUGGAGGAAGCUUUGUAAAAGCUGCUGAAGUGCAUGGAAACACUUGCAAGGGCACUGUUCCUAAACUGGAAGAAGGAAAUCAGUACCAGUUCCGAGUUAGGGCUGUAAACAAGGCUGGUCCUGGUGACCCAAGUGAAGAGACUAAUCCACAUACUGCUAAAGCAAGAUAUUUAAAACCAAAUAUUGACCGUACCAACUUACAAAAUCUAGUGGUGAAAGUUGGUCUGACACUCACACUUGAUGUCAACAUUACUGGAGAACCUCCUCCAGAAGUUACAUGGUUGUAUGAAGGAAAGGAAUUGAAAUCAGAUGACCUAAUCCGCAUUGACAAUAUAGAUUACAAUACAAAAUUUUUCAUUUUGAGAGCAAAGAGAAGUCAUAAUGGAAAAUACACAAUCAUAGCCAAGAACUCUGUUGGUGAAGACAAAGCCGAGUUUGACAUUACUGUUCUAGGUAGGCCAGGAAAACCAAAAGGCCCCUUGGAAGCAAGCAAUGUUACAAAGAAUGGCUGUAAACUGACAUGGAAGAAGCCUGAUGAUGAUGGUGGUGUACCCAUUGAAUAUUAUGAAAUUGAGAAAUUGGAUCCUCUCACAGGCCAGUGGAUACCUUGUGGAAAGUCCACAGAGCCAGAAGCUAACAUUGGGGGUCUGCAGGAAGGAAAGCCUUAUAAAUUCCGUGUAAAGGCUGUAAACAAAGAGGGUGAAUCAGAAGAACUGGAACUUGACAAGCCCAUCAUUGCCAAGAAUCCAUUUGAUGAACCAAGCAAACCUGGAAGACCAGAUGCCAAGAACUGGGAUAAAGAUUUCGUUGAUUUGGAAUGGACUGCUCCAAAGAAUGAUGGUGGAGCACCAAUUGAAAAAUAUAUUAUUCAAAUGCGUGACAAAGAAGGUCGGGCUUGGGUGGAUGCUGCAACUGUGCCUGGAAACAGAUUGAAAAUUGAAAAUGAGGAUUACAAAACUACAUUCAUCCUCACAAAGGUGCAGCGUGCAGACACUGGUGUAUAUACUGUAACAGCUAAGAACAGUUCUGGCACAGAUCAAGUUGAAGUGGAAAUUUCAGUGCUAAGCAAAACACCAGAAGCAGACGUCUCUGGACUAAAUGAAGGGAAGGAAUACCAGUUCCGUGUAAAGGCUGUGAAUGCCGAAGGAGAAUCAGAACCACUUGAAACCGACAUUCCAACACUGGCUAAGAAUCCAUACUGUGAACCUGAUAAACCUGGCAAACCAGAUGUUAAAGACUGGAACAGACACCAGGCUGACCUAAAAUGGGCGCCACCUAAAUCUGAUGGAGGUGCUCAGAUUACUUCAUACAUUAUUGAAAAGAAAGACCAGUACAGUUCUAAAUGGCAGAAAGCUGUUGAGGUCAUUGGGAACAAGUGUGAAGCCAAAGUUCCCGAUCUGGUUGAAGGGAUGAAGUACCAGUUCAGAGUACGUGCUGUCAACAAAGCUGGUCAGAGCAAACCAAGUGAUCCUAGUGAUACCAUUACUGCCAAGGAUCGGUUUGCUCCUCCACGCAUUGAUCGUAGUACACUGAAAGACAUGACAAUAAAAGCUGGUCAGAAUAUUCGAUUUGAUGUCAAGAUCAGUGGGGAGCCUCCUCCAAGCAAGUCAUGGUUCCUCAACAAGGCUCGUCUUGAUUCCAAAGAUGACAUCAGCAUUGAUAAUGAAGAUUACAAGACAAAACUGGUCAUAAUGCCUGCAUCAAGGAAGCAUUCAGGGACAUAUGUAAUCAAAGCUGAAAACAGUUCUGGAAAAGAUGAGGUUGCUGUUGAAGUAACAGUACUUGAUAAACCUGGCAAGCCUGAAGGACCUUUGAAGAUCUCAGAUAUUCACAAGGAGGGUUGUAAUCUAAAAUGGAAUGCCCCUGAAGAUGAUGGUGGUUCACCAAUAGAGCAUUAUGUAGUUGAAAAAAUGGACACAGAAUCAGGGCGGUGGGUCCCAGUUGGUCGCUCAAAGGAGCCAAAGAUGGAAGUUGAUAACCUCGAGCCUGGUCAAGAGUAUAAAUUCCGAGUGAUGGCUGUCAAUGCAGAAGGAGAAUCUGAACCACUUGAAGCUGACAAGUCCAUCAUUGCAAAAAAUCCAUUUGAUGAACCUGAUGCUCCGGGCACUCCUGAAGCUACUGAUUGGGAUAAGGACCAUGUAGACCUGAGAUGGACUCCACCAGCAAAGGAUGGUGGAUCUCCAAUCACAGGAUAUGUGAUUGAAAAACGUGAAAAAGGAUCUCCACGUUGGACAAAAGCUGGUGAAACAAAAGGGCCUGACUGCAAGGGACGAGCAGACAAUUUGGAGGAAGGUGUGGCUUAUGAAUUCAGGGUUCGUGCAGUGAAUGCAGCUGGCCCAGGUCAACCAAGUGAAGCCAGCAAACCCAUCACUGCCAAACCAAGAAAAUUGGCUCCUAAAAUUGACCGCCGUAAUUUGCGGUCAAUCACAGUACGUGAGGGUGAACCCAUUUUCUUUGAUGUGAAGAUAAUCGGUGAACCACCACCAGACGUCACAUGGAAUCUCAAUAACAAAUCUAUCCAAGAAACAAGCUAUCGCAGGAUAGAGAAUAUUCCAUACAACUCCAAGUUCUUCAAUGACAAUCCUGAGAGGAAAGACAGUGGCACUUACAAGAUUCAUGCUGUCAACAAAUAUGGUUCUGACACUGCUGAGGUUGAAGUAACUGUUGUUUCCAAACCUGGAAAACCAGAAGGUCCAUUGGAAGUGUCUGAUGUACACAAGGAUGGCUGCAAACUUAAAUGGAAAAAGCCGAAAGAUGAUGGUGGUGAACCUAUUGACGCAUAUGUGGUGGAGAAAUAUGAUCCUGACACUGGAAUUUGGUUACCUGUUGGACGAACAAAGGAUCCUGAGUUGGAAGUGCAGGGCUUGAUCCCUGGCCAUGAAUACCAAUUCCGCGUUAAAGCAGUAAACAAAGAGGGUGAAUCGGAGCCUCUGGAAACCCUUUCAUCUAUCAUAGCCAAGGAUCCCUUUACUGUACCUACUGCACCUGGAGCACCAGAACCAGUUGAUUGGAGCCAAAAUCAUGUAGAUUUGGUUUGGAAAGAACCCGUCUCUGAUGGUGGGUCACCCAUCACCGGAUACAUAAUUGAGAAGAAAGACAAGUACAGUGUGAUGUGGGAAAAGGCACUGGAGACAGAUGUGGCUACUCCACAGGCAGUUGUCCAUGGCUUAAUUGAAGGCAAUGAAUAUCAGUUCCGAGUGAUAGCUGUUAACAAAGCUGGUCAGAGUGAGCCUGGAGAAGCAAGCAAAAACUUUGUUGCAAAGCCACGAUUCCUUGCUCCAAGAAUUGACAGGCGCAAUCUCCGUGAUGUUACCCUUUCUGCUGGAUCUACACUCAAGUUUGAUGCUAAUAUUAUUGGAGAACCUCCACCAACAGUGGAAUGGAGAUAUGGAGCUCUGCCACUUAGAUCUUCAAAGACUGUGCAAGUAGACAAUGUUGACUAUAACACAAAACUAGUGAUUCGUCCAGUACAACGUGGAGACUCUGGUGAAUACACUGUCACAGCUUCUAACAGUUCUGGAAAGGACACUGUCACUGUGAACGUUGUUGUCACCGACAAACCUACUUCCCCAGAGGGUCCUCUUCAGGUGACAGAUGUACACAAAGAAGGAUGUAAACUCAAAUGGAAGCGUCCGAAGGAUGAUGGAGGGACUCCAAUUGAGUAUUACCAAGUGGAGAAAAUGGAUCCUGAGAGUGGAUGUUGGGUUCCUUGUGGUCGUGCAACAGAACCAAACAUGGAAGUUACUGGCCUGACUCCAGGGAAGGAAUACAAAUUCAGAGUUGCUGCUGUGAAUUCGGAAGGAGAAUCAGAACCGCUUGAAGCUGAUCAAACUAUCAUUGCCAAGAAUCCAUUUGAUGAGCCUGGAAAGCCUGGAAACCUUAAAGCUACUGACUGGGAUAAAGAUCAUGUUGAUCUUAAAUGGACGCCACCAAAGGAAGAUGGCGGUUCUCCUAUUACUGGUUAUAUUGUUGAAAAGAAAGAUAAGUAUGGUCAGUGGGAGAAAGCCCUUGAAGUUCCUGCUAAUCAGACCACAGCUACUGUUCCUGAUCUUAUUGAAGGCCAGCCUUAUGAAUUCAGAGUCCGAGCUGUGAAUGCAGCAGGGCCCGGAGAACCUAGUGAUGCUACGCCCACAAUUAUAGCUAAACCACGUAACCUGGCACCGAAGAUUGACCGCACAAACCUUAUUGAAGUACGAAUAAAAGCAGGACAGAACUUUGGAUUUGAUGUCAAAGUGUCUGGUGAGCCCCCUCCAGAAACUAAGUGGCUCAUACGUGGAAAAGAAGUAAAAUCAACAGAGAGAAUCAAAGUACACCAUUCAGAGUACAAUACAAAACUGAAUGUCCGUUCGGCGACUCGAGCAGAGUCAGGAAGAUAUACUAUUACAGCGGAGAAUAUCAAUGGAAAAGAUAUUGCUGAAGUGGAUGUUAUAAUAUUAGAUAAACCAAGUCCACCUGGAGGACCACUCAAAGUGUCUAAUGUACAUGCUGAAGGUUGUAAGCUUAACUGGAACCCACCAGCAGAUGAUGGUGGGCAACCAGUUGAGAAAUAUGUUGUGGAGAAGAUGGAUGAAGCUUCAGGCCGCUGGGUACCUGCAGGUGAAACUGAUGGUCCAGUCACAAGCCUAGAAGUUGAUGGUCUUCAACCAGGGCAUAAAUACAAGUUCAGAGUAAGGGCAGUGAACAAGCAAGGAAAAUCUGAACCUCUUACAACGAGCCAAGCUAUUGAAGCUAAAAAUCCAUUUGAUCAGCCAAGUAAGCCUGGUACCCCAGAAAUCAAGAAUUAUGAUAAAGAUUUUGUGGAACUAGAGUGGGCAAGACCAAGUGAGGAUGGAGGAUCACCAAUCACAGGCUAUGUUAUUGAGAAGAAAGAUAAAUUCAGUCCAAAUUGGGAAAAAUGUGCUGAGGUUAAAGGUGAUGUAACUACUGGAAAAGUUCCUGACCUAAUUGAAGGUAAUCAAUAUGAGUUCAGAGUUCGAGCUGUGAAUAAGGCUGGACCAGGUGAACCAAGUGAUGCCACAAAGCCACAUAUUGCUCGUCCCAAAAACCUGGCUCCUAGAAUUGAUCGUAAUGCCCUUAUUGAUGUGAAGAUCAGGGCUGGCCAGAACUUUGACUUUGAUGUACCUGUAAUUGGUGAGCCACCGCCAUCAAAGGAAUGGACGCUGAAGGGAAAUUUUGUCCUUAAUACAGAUCGUAUUAAAGUUGUGAAUGAGAACUACAGCACCAAACUUCGAGUGAUAGAUGCCAAAAGAAGUGACAGUGGAACCUACACACUCACUGCCAAGAACAUCAAUGGUGUUGACUCUGCAACAGUCAAUGUUACUGUGUUAGAUGUUCCACAGCCUCCUGAAGGCCCACUGAAACCAGAGAAUGUUACAAAGUCUUCUUGUACCCUUCAUUGGCGUCCACCUAAAGAUGAUGGAGGUUCUGAAAUUACUCACUAUUCUGUGGAGAAAUUGGACACAGAAAACAUGCGAUGGGUUCCUGUUGGUGAUGCCACUAACACCUCUAUACGAGUGGACCACUUGAUUGAGGGUCACGACUACAAUUUCCGAGUGAGAGCAGUAAAUAAGCAAGGUGAAUCCCUACCUCUCACGAGCCAGUCAACAGUUACAGCGAAGGAUCCCUUCAACAAGCCUGAUAAACCAGGAACACCAGAACUUGAGGACUGGGACAAAGAUCAUGUGGAUUUGAAAUGGACUCCACCCAAGAAAGACGGAGGUUCUCCUAUAACUGGGUACAUUAUUGAGAAGAGGACUAGAUUUGGUCCAUGGGAAAAGGCAGCUGAGGUUCCAGGAAAUCAAACCAAAGGAACUGUACCAAAUCUUGUUGAAGGUGAGGAGUAUGAAUUCCGUGUGAUUGCAGUAAAUAAAGGAGGUCCAGGAGAACCUAGUGAACCAUCGAAAUCAGUCGUUGCCAAACCUAGAUUCCAGGCACCAUGGUUUGACAAGACAUUGCUACAAGAUAUGGUGGUAAAAGCAGGCCAGAAGAUCAAUUACACAAUCCCAAUAGAAGCUUCACCACGACCAAAAGCAAAAUGGUCUGUAAAUGGCAAACCUGUGGAACCUGGAGUACGAGCUGACAUUCAGACAUUUGCCAAUCAGACUGUGUUUGAGAUUUUGUUUUCAGUUCGUAAUGAUACUGGGCGAUAUACUCUCACCCUAGAGAAUGAAUUAGGACAGUGCUCAGCUUCUGCCAAUGUUACUGUACUGGAUCGACCAUCUCCACCUGAAGGUCCUUUGUUGGUUAGUAAUAUAACAAAGGAGGGUGCUCGCCUUACAUGGAAGGUACCACUGGAUGAUGGUGGAAGUCCAAUCCUACAUUACAUUGUGGAAAAGAUGGAUGUAUCAAGAGGAACAUGGUCAGAUGCGGGCAUGUCUUCUGGUCUGUCUCAUGAUGUGGUGAGACUAGUACAUCGGAAGGAGUAUCUCUUCCGAGUGAGGGCUGUCAACAGCAUAGGAGAAUCUGACCCUCUUGAGACAGAAAGGAGCAUCAUUGCCAAGAAUGAAUUUGAUGAACCAGAUCCUCCUGGCAAACCACUUAUCAUGGACUGGGAUAAAGACCAUGUAGACUUAGAAUGGCCUGCACCUAAAUCGGAUGGUGGCUCUCCGAUUACUGGAUACAUUAUUCAGAAGAAGGAAAAAGGAAGUCCUUAUUGGGCAAAUGCAGUACAUGUUCCAUCAAAGCAAACCAGUGCUACUGUACCAGACCUCACAGAGGGCCAGGAAUAUGAGUUUCGAGUCAUUGCCACAAAUUCAGCUGGCCAGAGUGAACCUAGUGAACCAUCUGAUACUGUGACCGCUAAAGCAAGAUACUUACCCCCAAAGAUCAAGACACCUCUGAAUGAUAUUCGCAUCAAAGCUGGACAAAUUUUCCAUGUUGACAUUGAUUUUAUUGGUGAACCUCCACCAGAAGUAAUAUGGUCUGUGGCAACUAAGCCACUCAAAACAGAUGAAAGGACAACAGUGACCUCAAUUGGUUACCACACAAUAGUGCACACAGUGAAUGCAAAGAGGUCUGAUAGUGGACUGUAUCAUCUGAUGUUAAGGAACAGCUCUGGUCUGGAUGAAGGAUCCUUCCAAGUUAUUGUACUAG